AUGCUGAGUCAGAAGGAGACUUCAGCACAGAAGACUGUGGUGGCGGUGCACACCGAGGGGGCUUCAUAUUUGAAAUCUUCAGACAGAAGGGGUGAUGCAUAUGCCCAGGAGGACGAAUCGGUGAAACGGCCGCCAAUGAUGAAAAUAAAGGAAGAGGCUGCCACUCUUCUCGAAAUGAUGGGUACAAUUAUGGAAAUAAUGAGUACCUUAAAGAUGGAAGAAGCCAUAGAAGGCGUAUUUGACUUCGCCAAAGAAAAAAUUAUGGACGCGGCAAGAUACGUAAUAUUGUAUCCAGGCGUUCAUAGGCGAUUUUUAGAGAUGCUUCUAAAGAAGUCCACACUAGCCGCUGCUAUCAGAGCAAGAACGUCACAACGUUGGGAUGUUAUUGCUUCAUUUAUAAAUCAACAUUCAACUGGGGAAGCUAAUAUAACGGCCCGCGAUGUCCUCAACAAAGCUAAGGCGUUGCAACAUAGCGAUUUUUCAAAGAACACACUCAAAACACAAGCUAAUGCUACGGCUUUUGAAAAUUUUGAAAAAUCUAAGAAGGAAGUUGUAACGUCUUCAGACAUUACUGUCAAUACGGAAAUAUCUUCUGAAAUCGCAGGCAAUAGUGAAUCCAAAGAAAAUCAAACUAAUGGAAAUAUUCCGGCCUCCACAGCAGGUAACACAAAAUCGUCAAAAACAGCAUUAAAGGCGUGGACAAAGGAAGAACAAGCUUUAUUGGAACAAGCCAUAAAAACGUACCCAAUAUCAACGCCAGACCGUUGGGAUCGGAUUGCAGAAUGUAUUCCUAAUAGAUCUAAAAAGGAUUGCCUACGCAGGGUUAAAGAAUUAGUCGAACUUGUGAACUCUAAAAAAGAAGCUCAGCAGUUGGUCAAAUGA